UUUGCUUCUUAUUAUUUGUUCUAUCUCAUGUGUGUGUAUAUAUAUAUAUAUAUACAUGAGAUAGAACAAAUACUAAUACUCUUCGGAAGGAGAUAUCAGGUAGGGCAAGAGAUUUGGUAGCAAGAAUGCUGGAAGUUGAUCCCAUUAAGAGGAUCACCAUUUCUGAUAUCCGCCACCAGCCUUGGUUUCUGCCUCAUCUUCCAAGCUACUUGGCGGUGGCGCCGCCGGAUACGGCAGAACUAGCCAACAAGAUUGAUGAUGAAAUUCUUGAGCAAGUAGUUAGCUUGGGAUUUGACAAGAAUCAGGCAACUACUGUAGUAUAUCAUUUGAUGGUGGAUAAUCAACUCCAAACUUGUGGUGGCUAUCUGAGGUAUGAGUUUGAAGAUAUGCUUGAGGUGACCUUGCCACCAUAAAGUAACCUUUAGUCUUCUUUUUCCAUAUUGCAAAAUCUGAACAUCUCAAUUAAUUAUACUGUUUUCAUUGUUCUGUGCAA